AUGUUAGCCACUGAGGUGUGCACGUCAGAUGUGUUUCGGCUCGGGCAGCGGUGCUUUUAUCCUGCGCAGCCCCUGCAGCAGCCGCCCCUGGACCUCAGAAGCCGCCCCUGGACCCGGUACGCUCUGUGCUGCCCGUGCCUGUGCUGCCCGUACCUGUGCUACCUGUGCCUGUUGCUGCCUGUGCCUGUGCUGCCCGUGCCUGUGCUGCCCGUGCCUGUGCUGCCCGUGCCUGUGCUGCCCGUGCCUGUGCUGCCCGUGCCUGUGCUGCCUGUGCCUGUUGCUGCCCGUGCCUGUGCUGCCCUGUGCUGCCUGUGCCUGUUGCUGCCUGUGCCUGUGCUGCCCGUGCCUGUGCUGCCCGUGCCCGUGCUGCCUGUGCCUGUUGCUGCCUGUGCCUGUGCUGCCCGUGCCUGUGCUGCCCGUGCCUGUGCUGCCCGUGCUUGUGCUGCCUGUGCCUGUUGCUGCCUCUGCCUGUGCUGCCCGUGCCUGUGCUGCCCGUGCCUGUGCUGCCCGUGCCUGUGCUGCCCUGUGCUCCCUGUGCCUGUUGCUGCCUGUGCCUGUGCUGCCCGUGCCUCUGCUGCCCGUGCCUGUGCUGCCCGUGCCUGUGCUGCCUGUGCCUGUUGCUGCCUGUGCCUGGUGCUGCCCGUGCCUGUGCUGCCCGUGCCUGUGCUGCUCGUGCCUGUGCUGCCUGUGCCUGUUGCUGCCCGUGCCUGUGCUGCCCUGUGCUGCCUGUGCCUGUUGCUGCCUGUGCCUGUGCUGCCCGUGCCUGUGCUGCCCGUGCCUGUGCUGCCCGUGCCUGUGCUGCCUGUGCCUGUUGCUGCCCGUGCCUGUGCUGCCCUGUGCUGCCUGUGCCUGUUGCUGCCUGUGCCUGUGCUGCCCGUGCCUGUGCUGCCCGUGCCUGUGCUGCCCGUGCUUGUGCUGCCUGUGCCUGUUGCUGCCCGUGCCUGUGCUGCCCUGUGCUGCCCGUGCCUGUGCUGCCUGUGCCUGUUGCUGCCCGUGCCUGUGCUGCCCUGUGCUGCAUGUGCCUGGUGCUGCUCGUGCCUCGCGCUCGCGCCCUCGUGCGCUCUGCUACUUUGUCGCUGA